UUUUUUUUUUUACUUUUGCUAAAACUAUUUUCUUGUAUUCUAUCUACACAAACACAUUCUACUUAUGGCUGACAGAGGAGCACACAGAGGUCAUCAUUCCGCCGGACGAGGCGGUGAACGUGGACGUGGUGGACGAGGUGGUGGACGAGGUGGUGGACGUGGUGGGUAUCAACAGUCGGGUCAUCCACAAAAGAAAGAAUCAAUCUUGGAUCUUGGAAAGUACAUGGAAAAGAAGGUGCGCGUAAGAUUCAAUGGAGGAAGAGAAGUGGUUGGAAAGCUGAUGGGUUAUGAUCCACUACUGAAUUUGGUUUUGGAUGAUACAAUUGAAUAUACAAGAGAUAUGGAAACCGGGUAUGUAACAAACGAGACCAGAGAACUUGGACUGGCUGUUUUGCGUGGCACUGCAGUUAUUUUGAUAUCACCCUUUGAUGGAUCCGAAGAAAUCGAAAAUCCGUUCUUGGCUCAGUAACCUUUUAUCUCUAUUUCUUUCUUUUAAAAAAAAAGAAGAGGAAUAAGAAGAAGAAGAAGGAGGAGGAAAAUUGUGUGUUUCAAAGACGAUUGUAUAUGAAACUAAAAUGAUAAUAACAAUAAUGAUAAUAAAAAAGAAUAAAAAGAGC